AAACAUUGGUACUGAUGGAGACUCCCGUAUCUGGCGAUGUCUGUGUACAACCCAACGGAUGUGGUACAAGCGGAAGUUGGAACGAAUAGGACUCGAGCUCGGUGAGAAGGAGGGAUGAGAAGCGGGAAUGUGAAUAACUCGAAUGCAUGUGAGAGGAGGAUGGAUGAAAGUGAGCCAAUCGUGCGUGUGUCCCCUUGCUGCUGAAGGCUCGCGGAUCGUUGAUGAUGAUGCGGCGGAUGGAACUUGAUGAUGUCGAUGCCCAGUCCCGCUCUCCCCUCUCCCUCUCCCUUCCGCUCGCAUUGGCUUCUUCCCCGACUCCCGCGAAAGCGAAAGAGCUUCGAAACACGCGCGAACUGCCUGCAUCAAUCGCGCUCUUCUCCCUGCAUCGACGACAACCAGCGUCGCGAAUCUGGGAAUCGACUGCCUGCCGCAGAAUAGGCUCCUUGGGCACGGCGCCGACGGAGCUGAUCCGAGUCGCUGGGCUAACUAGUCAAGAGCUAGCAUCCCAGAGUUACGUUAUUUUAGCCACAUCUGCUUCGUGCCCUCCCGGUCAGACCACCACCACCGAACACCAACCACUUCUCCUAACCCGUCACCUUCUUCGCCUGCAUUUCUUCAUCUUUUGCCAUUCGCCACGCAACAGCGACAUAACCACAGCAAAGGACCCGCGAUCGAGCAGAACCCGCAGCCAUGUCGUCCAAAGAACCCAAGCAGAAGCAGCGCAAGAUGGCCAUUGUAGGCAGCAGAUCGGUCGGCAAAUCCUCCCUCACAGUCCAAUACGUCGACGGCCACUUCGUCGAUUCCUACUACCCCACCAUCGAAAACACAUUCAGCAAAGUCAUCAAAUACCGGAAUCAGGACUUUGGCGUGGAAAUCAUUGACACGGCGGGACAAGACGAGUACACAAUUCUGAACAGCAAGCACUUUAUUGGCAUUCAUGGCUACAUGAUCGUGUACUCGGUGGCGAGCAAGCAGAGUUUCGAAAUGGUGCGCAUCAUUCGGGAUAAGAUUCUCAAUCAUUUGGGCGCCGAAGCAGUCCCAAUCAUGAUCGUAGCGAACAAAUCCGACCUGCGACCCGAACAACGCCAAGUCUCCGCCGCUGACGGCAAAAAGCUCGCCGAAGAGCUCGGCUGCGGUUUCGUCGAAGCCUCGGCACGUUAUAACGAAAAUGUCGGAAAAGCCUUCGAGGGCAUGAUUGCCGAGAUUGAAAAGGGUCAAGAGGCCGGUCAACCGAAGGAGGGAAACUCGAAGUGCGCGGUGAUGUGAAGAGUAGGAUGGAAGAAAAUCAAUUACGGAAAAGAACUAGGACUUCGCUUCAGCUCGCUAGUGAGCAGGCGAGGGAAUGAGGAAAGGGAAGACACGAGUGCAUUUUCAACACAGACGUUAGGGCAUGGUGCUCGAAGCGAGCAAAAUGCUUUGGGCAAGAGCUUGGGUCGCGCGUUUCAUCUUUGCUACGCGUCCACAACCGGACCACCGAUACGGCACAUGAAGAGAAGAUCUCAGGGCGUCCUGCACAGAAGCACAAGAGAUUCGUGGACACGCAAUACGACAGCACAGAGCCCAGCAAUGGGCACUGUGCAACACUAUCGUGGUUUCGCACGCUCCUCACGGAGCAGCCAAGGCGGUCGCUUGACUUUUCGGGAGGUUUGUUUCUUUAUCCCCAGGACUGUUUACUUUUGGGAUUCGUCUAUUCCCAGGGCGAGGCAGGAAAUCACUUUUUGUAUGAUUACCCACUCAUGCAGCGGAAUUCGUUUUGGGAGGCUAUAGAUGGUUGUUUUUCAGUUUUCGGCAGCGGCGCAUGGAGAUACCAUUGGGCGCAUUCAUGGUUUUGGUAUGGGAAUAGACUUGUCCUCCUCUGUAAUAAUACGAAUGAUUCGAUCAGAAGUACAGUGGCACACAGUAU